CAACGACGAACGAGUUGUAUUUUAGUUAGUUAGUUAAACUUUACUCGGUCGGAUAGGAGCAAUAAAUAAAUUUUGGUAGAACGAAGUUUUGCUAAAUGGAUAAAAGUGAUAAGUCAAUAGAAAAGGCGUUACCGCCGACGCAUCCAAAGAAAUUAAAAGUUUUGACAACAGCAGCAAUUUACCUAGGGAAUAUCAGUUUGGGAUUUGUCAUAAACGCGAUUUCGCCAGCAUUAGAAGACAUAAGAGUGAAGUACAAUGUUGGUAUCGAAGAAAUUUCGGUUAUAUUUACAGUGAUACUAGUCUUUUAUUGCGUUGGAGCUGUAGCAUGACUACAGAUGGAUUCAUUGCAAAUUACAUGAACCGGCAAAUAAUUGUAAUGGCAGCUCUAGCCGGUAUUGCAUUUUCAUUGUACAUGAUACCGCACUGUCCAACUCAAAUGGUGUUUUUUGUUGUUGGCGCGGUGUUUGGACUCGCUUCUGGAUUAUACGAUGCAGCGCAGGUCGUAUGGAUAAUCGAAAUAUGGCAAGAAAAAGCUGGCCCGUUCAUAUUGUCUCAACACCUUUUUUAUGCAAUUGGUGCCAAUAUUCCGUCCCUUGUCAUUGCUCCGUUUCUUGAUGAACACGAUACUUUAAUCACAGAGCGUUCUUCCAGAAUAUACAUACCGUUCACCAUUUUGGGAGCAAUAUCUACGUCAGCAUUACUAUUCCAAUUAUUGCUGUUCAUAUUUUGCAGAUACUAUAAGCCGCCAAUGUACGUUAGCAAAAAUAACGAUGACGUUUCAACCCGGACCGAUGUGAAUGCUACCGAUGCAAAAAUAUUUGGAAUUAAUGUAAACAAAUUAAAGCUGAUUGCUGUCACUAGCGUCUUUUUAGGAGCUCACCAAGGUAUGGAAGCCUGCACACAGCAGUUCAUUCCGAUAUUCGGUCAAUAUAGUGAUCUCAAACUGACCGAAUCCGCAUCCGCAUAUGUUUUGACCUCAUUGACGGCGGCAUAUGCUGUCGGUCGGGCAAUCGGGGUCAUAAUCAUUUUCAAAGUACGCCCGGAAAUAAUAAUUUGCAUAAAUUUCGUGUUGAUUUUUGUUGCGAAUUGCAUUCUUCUAAUAUGGGCGAGCAAUAAUCUGACUAUGUUUUGGAUUGGCUGCAUAAUGAUUGGAGCCGGUUUCUCAACGAUGUUUCCCACUUUUUGUGCAUUCAUGGAAAAGUAUUUAGUAUUUACUAAUGCAGUUGGUUCGAUUGUUUGUGUAGUGGCUUCAGUAUUUGCUUCCACAUACCCUUUAAUUGUGGGACAUUUGAUAAAAGAACGGGCUGUAGUUCUAACAUACACUAAUUUCUUUAGUACAGUUGUGUGUAUAUUAGCUAUGAUAUCGGGAUACUUGCUGGUGCGCCGAAUAAAAGUGAGAGUUUGAUAAUCCUUUCCCAAGGAGCUAGUCAAUAAUUUGUUAUCAUUAUUCAUAUUCAGUGGCCCACUUCGCAUACCUAAAGUAUUAUUUCUGUUUUAGGUCGAAAUAAACGAGCAAUUUUGUAUCGAUGGGAACGACAAUUAUGCUGCGUUUGCCAUUGUAAUCAGAUACUCACCACAGGCCAACCAUAGGAAAAUUGUCGAUACAAUCGAAGCAAAAUUGCUCGUGUGUUUUGGACCUUAAAAGCGGCCGUGAUAUACAAACAUAUAGUACCAUAGUUGUAUGGUUCAAAAAAAAGUUAAUUAGGGGUUUUGAUGAGCGUUUUAUCAAUAAUUUGUAGAAAAC